AUGAGCGAAUCACCAACUGCCAUUCCACAAGGUUCAUGGGUCCUUGUUACUGGGGCCAAUGGCUACUCCGGUAGCCAUGUGGUUAUGGAGCUCCUCAAACAAGGCUUCAACGUGCGCGGUACAGUUCGGAAUCUUGAAUAUAGCCAAUGGCUCCUCGACCAUCCCUCUGUAAAGCCGUUCGUUGAUCAAGGGCGGGUAGAGCUGGUUCUUGCCGACACAUCAAAGCCCGACGAUUUCGACGAAGCCGUGAAGGGCGUUGCGGCCGUGAUCCAUCUUGCAAUCGUCAGUGAUAUUUCGCCAGAUCCCGAUACGGCCAUUCCUGCAACGGUCGAGGCUGCCUUGACGGUAUGCCGUGCUGCCGCCAAGGCCCCUUCUGUCAAGCGGUUCGUCUUCUCAUCGACAUUUUGGGCAGCGGUCAUGCCGGUGCCUGGCGAUUCGUCGACAAUCACCAACUUGGAGACGUGGAAUGAAGGUAUGGUAGAGGCAGCGAGGGCGCCACCCCCGUAUGAGUGGAGUCGUAUGCUUCCUGUAUUUUUAGCUUCCAAGGUUGAAGCUGAGAAGGCAGUGUGGAAGUAUGUGGAAGAGAAUGAGCUGCCGUGGGUAGUCAACUCAGUCAGUCCUUGCUGGAUCAUGGGUGAUCCGUUGCAUGAAAGGCAUCUUUUGCCUUUGCCAAUGCAGCUCCUACAGCAGUUGUAUCUUGGGAAAACAGAUGCAAUGCUAGACACUGCAGCUGUAUACUACGCACACGUCUUUGACGUGGCUACCAUUUACGUCGCGGCAGCCAUCGACCCAGAUGUCAAAGGUUCACGCAUUCAGGUCCUGGCUGGAUCCUUGAACUGGAAUGAUUGUUUGGCCAUCUUGCGCACUGCAUAUCCUACUGUCGAGUUCCCGGAUGACUUUGUUCCCGGUAACCCGACUUUGACCUAUAAGAUUGAACAAGAUAUUGCGCUUGGGCUGCUUCAGAAAUGGGCGGGGCGGGAUUGGAUCAGUCCGGAAAGAAGCAUCACUGAGAUCAUUGACUUUUGUAAACAACAAGGAAGUUUGGAUUGA